AAGAUAUUUGUAACUAACUUAACCUAACCUAACUUUACUUAACCACCUCCCAAAAUCAGUUUGUGGUCCGUUAAGGUUCUCUCCCCAUGUUACGGGGGUUCUCGCCAACGAAAAUUUCUUAACAACGAAUUUUCUUUUCUGGUCCACUUGAAUUUUGUUGUAGGGAGAGCGAGUCCACCUGUAGUAUGUGCUUGUUGGAGUUUCUCCGCUCGAAACUCGGGUGGGACGGAGGUCGGGCGGAGGCGAAAGCGACGCCGGUGGCGGUGCGGCACUCGUCCCGCCGGCAGAUCCGACCCUCAGAUUCGUCUCCCAAGGACGCCAAGUCUGCGGAGAUCGUGAUUGAUUACCCGCCGGUGGAUUACACCGACGCGACGGAUGACGACGAAAAGACGCCCGAGUCGCCGGCCCCGGUGCACCAGCGGCGUCCGAGUGCCAGGGCCUCUGCCAGGUCUCGCGUCAGUGCCAAGCCCGUGCCGUUUGAUACGAAUCGAGUGCCCGUCAUUGAAAACAGUCACGCUAAUGUUCUUCGCUGGCUUCUGACGGAGUCCAAGGAGUCGGGUAAUGAACGCAACGAACUGGCAGACUCAGUGGAAGAGGAGCGAGUGAGGAAUGAAGCACUUGCCUUGCACUACGCUGCAUCCAGGGGAUGUGUGGACUGCGUCAAGCUUUUGCUGGAAACCGGGCACGAAUUCAGUUUUAGAGUAACGGAAAUGGGUUGCGCGUCUUAG